AUGAAUGUUACCUACCUAGAUCUACACUCUGACUACAGCCCUAGGUACCUGAGCUCUUCCCUUCCCUCCGAUCCCUGCCCUUCGUCUGCUGCCUCCUUCUUGUUUGCUGCUCAGGUCACUAUAGCUCGGUGGGCUUCAUUCAUUGCCUUUGCUCUCCUGGGCACUUACUGCUCCCUUGAUCCUAUUCGAGGCAGUGCAAUACUACUGUGCUACAUGACUAAGCAGGCCAGCUUUGUUGUGGUAUCCUGGUACACCUCUUUAGUGCAGGUAUGCUCUGAGGCCAAUAUGUGGGUGCUUGUGGCGUUGUUAGAUGUGCAGCUACAGAAGCAGGCCAGCUUUGUUAUGGUAUCCUGGUACACCUCUUUAGUGCAGGUAUGCUCUGAGGCCAAUGUGUGGGUGCUUGUGGCGUUGUUAGCUGUGCACAGCCCACGGGAGGACGUCCAGCGCCAGCUGGGACGAAUAGUGGAUCGAAUCGUGGGUCGAAGCGAGAAGUUCAAGGCGGUUGUUGGUGUUUUAGCCAAGCCUGGAACCACGCCGCGGGGUGCUGUAACACAGCAUCCCGCGUAG